AUGAAGAUGGAAGGAAGAGGGGAUGAGAUAUACCUGCCACCAGGGUUCAGGUUUCACCCCACAGAUGAGGAGCUGCUGGUCCAAUACCUCCUCCCCAAGACUUCCAGUCUCACCUUCUCCUCCAAUGUCAUUGCAGACGUCCACCUCUACAGACACGAACCAUGGGACCUGCCCGGCAAGGCUUUUUUCGGCGACAACGAGUGGUAUUUUUUCAGCCGUAGGGACAGGAAGUUUCCCAAUGGGUCGAGGCCCAACAGGAGGGCGGGCUCCGGCUUCUGGAAGGCUACCGGCACCGACAAGACCAUCAUGGUAGACGGGCGCAAAGUGGGCACCAAGAAGGCGCUAGUUUUCUAUGCAGGAAAGCCUCCAAAUGGAAGCAGGACCAAUUGGAUCAUGCACGAGUACCAGCUCCUUCUAGUUGACAAUGGCUGCCUCCCACAAAAAAAAGCAACCCCCCGCCUGGAUGAUUGGGUUCUUUGCCGAAUUUAUAAGAAGCGGACCAGCCUGCAGAAGGGAAUGCAAAAGUCGAAACAGCAUAAUGAAGUCGCCAGUUUUCCUUCGGAUGAGGAGACCUUUGCAUCACUUUCCACCGGCGGCGACCAACGCUCAGAGUCCAACGUGAAUCAAUGGACGGCGUUUCCGGAAAUGAACGCUGGUUACCAACAACAGCAACUAACGUACAGCUCAGAUUUCAAUCUCAGUACUGAUGAUUCUUUCAUGGAGCUGCCGACCUAUAUGGCGGAUAAUUGUAUUUGUAUGCCGGAGAAAACAGGCGGAAGCUUUUCAACGCAACUGAUAGACGCCUUUUAUUUUCAGCACCACCACCAGCAACCAUACUCGUGCUUGUUUAAUUGA